GACUUAGUUUCCAAUAUAGUUUCAUAUUAACUCUUAUUCUAACACAAAAAAAAAUGACAAUUGACAACACUCAACCACAAUCUCUUUGCAACAAGGAUAUCGGUGCCUUACCAGCUGCUUUCCCAACUUUGCACGAAAAUGUUCUUAACUUGUUCCUUUUGACUGGAAAGUCCGCUGCUGUCACUGGUGGUGCUAGAGGUAUUGGUUUUGUUAUUUCUGAAGCUUACUGUCAAGCUGGUGUUCAAAACCUUGCCAUCAUUGAUUACGCUCCAAAUGAUGUUGUUCUUGAACAAUUGGCUGAAAGAUUCCCAAAGACUAAAAUCACUUUCCACCUUUGUGAUGUUAGAAAGGCUGAACAAGUUCAAUCUGUCAUUGAAACCAUUCACGCUGAUUUUGGUCAAAUUGACAUUUUUGUUGCUAAUGCGGGCAUUGCUUGGACUUCUGGUCCAUUGAUCGAUCAACCAGAUGACAGAGAUUGGCUCAAUGUCAUUGACGUUGACUUGAACGGUGUUUACUACUGUGCUAAGCAUGUUGGACGUAUUUUCCGUUCUCAAGGUUUCGGUUCUCUUGUUAUGACCGCUUCCAUGUCUGCUCACAUUGUCAAUGUUCCUCAAUUGCAAGCUGGUUACAAUGCUGCUAAGGCUGGUGUUUUGCACUUGGGUAAGUCUUUGGCCAUUGAAUGGGCUGCAUUUGCCAGAGUUAACACUGUUUCUCCAGGUUACAUUGCCACUGAAUUGUCUGAUUUCGUUCCAGAUGAACAAAAGAACAUUUGGUACUCCAUGACUCCAAAGGGUAGACAAGGUUUACCAAGAGAAUUGGCUGGUGCCUACUUGUACUUGGGUUCCGAUGCUUCUACCUACGUCACUGGUGCUGAUUUGAGAGUUGAUGGUGGUUACUGUGCCGUUUAAGGAUAUCAUAGCAUAAAUUACGAGAAGAUACAAAAAAACUUCACCUUACGCCACAUACAUCUGAUUUUUUAUAUUGAUAUGUUUUAUUUGUUAGCAGUCAAAUUUGUCCCUGUCAUUUAUAGAGGGGAUCUAUACUUUUGUUUUACUUUUAAUACAAGCUGCAAAGAUUAGUAAGAAUAGAAAUUUACUAAUCUCUAUAGAUUAAUACUACGAAAUAGACCUAAG